AUGAUCCGACAACCAGCUAGCGUGAUUGUAGCGGGCCCCUCCGGUAGCGGGAAAAGUGAAUUAGUGGAAAAAUUGCUCAAAGAAAAAACCUUGUUUGACCCUCCUCCGAAAAAAAUUGUGUAUUGUUAUGACCGAUGGCAACCCCGAUUUGAUUGCAUGAAAAAACAUAUUAUGUUUUAUAAAGGGAUGUUUACCCGUUUCUGGGUAAUCGAGUUCGAUGUUUUUCAGUCGGACCCGAAUAUCAACUCGGACCCGAUUUCAUUUAAUCGAACACGAUAACAAAUCGGGUCCGUUUUUUAGUCGGGUCCGAUAUGUUUCAGAUCGGAUUCCAAAACUAAUCGGGCUUGAAUUGUUGUUAAAUCGGGCCCCAAAAAGUAAUCGGAGUCGCUUUAAAUUAAUCGGGCCCGAAUUGUCUUAAAUCGGGCCCGAUUUCUGAAUGUCUGAUCCUGUCAGAGGGAAACUCAAUCGGGUCCGAUUUCUCGGUAAAUCGGACUCGAUCGUUUUGACAGUCAAAAUGGGGGGAGAGGGUAGAUAGAGAACAUCUUCAAAGUACGGAAAAAGGUAUAUUUUUCAAAGGAAAAAGUAACGGAAAUGUUUCUUCAUAAAUAGAAAGGUGGAAGUUAUUAUCUCGUCGCUUCUCGUCCCUAGGGAAAAAAAACAAAACAAAACAAACCAAAAAAGACAGGUGGUAACGUAAAAUAACCACUGGUAAUUCUCAUGACGGAGAGGCUGCUUAAUGUUUCCGCCAACCCGAAGAUGUCUCAGUUUCACCCCGGAAAAAAUAGCCGCGUGAAUCUGAAGUUAAGUUAUUAGGCUGAGGAAUACAUGAGUGUAUCAGGUUCCACUAACGCUCAGCAAGCUUACUUGAAACUUGAUUCACUUAGUUUCCAAACUCUAAUCAGAAUUCGGGGUGGGUGUUUGGAUUCCGCGUUUUCCGCAAACCCCUUUCAUGGCCAUCUAGGCCAUUCUCCCUAAAACUUCGCGAGUUUCUGCCAUACGGUAAAAGCAUGUGAUACUAAUAGCUUCGCUAAAAUUAUGAUUGACCACAAUCAAUGAAAAGAAAAAGGAAAAGGGAUUUUAAAACUUAGUUUGGUCUUUAAUCAAAGGACAAAUUUUGAAUUUUAUCUAUUUACUUUUUGAAGAGGUUUUGGUGGGGGGGGGCAGGAUUUGUGUUAUUGUAUCCUGGCUCAACUCUGCUUAACGUAUAUAGCGAUUAACUUCCCACUAAAGAUGGUGUCUAUACUUGAUUGAUUGUUUGUUCCUUUUGUCAAAAGGGAAAAAAUAUCCCUUUAUUUUUCUCCCAUUUCAACAGACGUUUUAUCUGAUCUAACUGUGAGGAGAAAUAAGAAGGGGACUAACGUUCUAGUCCCCAGAUUGUCUCGUCCCUGCCCCGCCGCCAUAACUUGUGACAACCAAGUGGCAACCUAUGUGAUUUUAUUUCUAAAAUCUGUACUCGUACUCUCUAUGUACGCAUUAAUCCAUGUGUCAAGCGUUUGAAACGCCCGGUUUGAUAUAAAUGGUGGCUUCCCUUCAACAAAAUCGGAAUGUUACUGAAAUACAAAGCGGUUUUUCUCUAAUACACGUGAGGUAAGUGUUCAAGCAAAUAAUAAUUAUUAAACUAAACUAUACCCUGCUAGUCGGCGUAAGCGUAAGUUAUACUCAAGUCGUCAAGGAAAAACUUUUUUUUCUGCAAUGACUGAACAUUAACGUUUGCUGCAGGUCUUAGGCUUUAUAUUUUUCACAUGGCCGAAAUGAACUUCAUAAAAAGUCAAGUAAACAUUGAACAAUUAGCCGGCUCAGGCUACGUGAAUAUCGGCGAAUAGUCACUGAGACGACAUCGAGGUGACUAUUCGCCGACUAUUACUAUACUAUUUUCGAUAUUCAUCAAUGUAAUUAUACUAAUAAUGGUUAAACUUAAAGACUUACGUUUAUGCUGAACGCAUUUCAUUAAUUUUAUCAUUGCAUGCCAACUUCGGUGAUCUUUUAAUACAACCAGUUUAAAAAUUUGAAUCGACAGCUUCAUGCAGUCACACAAAUUAAACGGAACUGGAGCUCAACUGAAACUGAUAAACUUAUAAUACUAUUUUUGCAAAAUUUCCGGUUACUAAAACUGUAAGAGUUUCUACCCUUCAUAUCACGUACUCAUGAGGAAUUGUAGACACCUUAAGAUGCACAGAUUCAGUAGGUGGGUAUGCCUGCCAACUCUCAUGCAUUGUGCGCGAGUCUCACGCCUGCAGACUAAAGACAUCAAUCUCGUACUUCAAGGACAGUUUCUCAAACCUGCCUCACAAAUCCAGACAAAUUGUUCUUAAAUACGUGAUGAGUGACAAAAGUUUAAUUCAAUUUCCACAAUUAAUAUUCCAGGCUUUGAAUGAUGACUUUUGUGUUCCAACAAAAUCAAAACACGCUAAAGUUGGUGUCUUUUACACCAGUUUUGAAAGUGCUCAAAGGCCGUCAGAACAUCUUCGCAAGUUUUCGUGAAGGUCCACAAGGCUCCCGAAAAUGUACAGAAAACCUCGGGAGUUCACUGGGACGGUCAUGAUCGUGGAAAGGCAAAAAUCUGACACAUUUGACCAGAAAAAGUUGGCAGGCAUAGAAUGACUUGUGUCUUACCAGGAAAAAAAGCCGGCUACCUCUUAGAAAAGAGAUACUAUUAUUGCCAAAUUAAUUUUGCGAAAUUACUAUGUUUGGCUAUCUGUUUCCAUGGACUGAAUAGAUGCAUCUUAAGGUCCCUACAAUGUCAGUAGGGGAUAAAACUUCAUCUGUCUCCCUCUCUUUACAUAUUUUGUCAUAACUGCCAUUUAAAUAAUUGCCGAUGGUUUCCUGGUAAUUUUCUAUACUAAUUUGCAUUCUAUGACAUGUUUUGAACCUUACUUGAUUGUAUGUUUAAUUUUUUUAAAAAUAUUUCUUUUGAAAGAGGUUUAAAAUGCUCUCGACUACUCUACAUGCAGCCUAAAAAAUUAAUGUUAAAAAGCUAUUUUGUUUUGUUUUUUUCUUUCACCCAAAAAGUUAUGGUAAUCUUCCAAACUUUGUUACGUCCAUUUUGAAAUCACUGGUAAUCCCUGCAAUCUGAUAGCCUCUAAACCGUUAUCUGUAUAAAGGACCUCAUUCAUGCUCUUAAUUGUAUCAUUUCUGUUCUGGGUACAAAAUGAAAUGUGGUGGCCUUUUUGUUAUUGCUUUUCAUCAAACCAGCUUCUAGAUCAAAUAAAUAUUGCCACUGGCUAAAUUCUGUGAUUUCAAAAUGGCUGUAAUAAAGUGACAAUUCUAGUAGUCUUCUUGCAUCGUGGUCUGAAAUCGUAAUAUUGUGAAUAGACCUUUUUACCGAUAUUGUGGCCAUAUUGAAUUGAAACCCAGGGGGCAUUCGCUCAGUAUUUAUGCAUGAUUUUCGGGCAAAGAGAAACAUCAAAACAUGGUACAGCCAUCUUUAUCUUUUUUCCCUUUAAGAAAAAUUGGGCCAAGAAGUGGGUGUAAAUAAUGAGUGAGUAUAUCCAAUAAUACUCAUGCUGCUUGGGCGCGCCCUGAUACUCCCUUAAAUCUAUUUGAUUAAUAUGGCUGCCAUAUUGGUGCAAAAGGUCUGUUCAGACACCAUCACAUUACUGUGCAUCAGCUUUUUUCUUUUUUUCCCUUCUGUCUUUCCUGCUUCUUGGAUCUUUCCUCUUCUUUCUUUUUUCUCCUUUUCGAUGGCUGUCUUCUUCUGAAAAAGAACAGUCCACAGUAUUUUUCCAUUAAUGGUAACUGUUCCACAUAUAUACCUGAGUACUACUUUCUCAACUUUUUUAUGUUUUUCAUGUUUUAAAUCUUAGACGGAAUAUGUAAACUUGUUACAAAAAGAUGAUAUACACACAUUCCUGACAUGGUAAAAAUGGAGCUAACAGAACUCUAAGUUGAUCCUUACACUAACUCAAAAGUUAAAUUAAUUCUUCCACUGUAAUUUAACCCUUUUUAAUUCAAGCCCUCUAGAACUCAUGCUCUUUCGAAAUAAUUUGUGUUUCAUUUGUCUAUGUAUUAUUAACUUAUCUCAUUUAAAUAACAGUUAAUGGCCUUUUCACAACAAUAGCAUGGUGAAAACUUUUUCCUUACCUUCUGCAUGAGGGGGGAGAGUCAAUGAUGUUGGGGUUGUUGAUGGGGUGGCCGCGGUUUUGAUAUUCAUGCUGGGAGGGGCAGUGGAUGUUGUGAUGGUGGAUGACAAUGUGAUGGAUGAGGUAACAACUGAUGCUGCAGUGGAUGAUGUGGUAUUUGUUGAUUUUGUGGUUGAUGAGAUGGUUUUUGUUGAUGUCGUGGAGGUGGUAAUGUGUGUUGUAGUGGUUGUUUUGACCUUUGGUGAAGUCAGGCAUGCUGCUGGUGGUUUGCUCGUUGGACUUGCACCUAUAACAUAAUGAAAGGUAGAAGAUAUCAGAAGAAAGUAUUUUUAAAAUAUUUAUUUCAAGUCAAAAAUUAUGGUCGGGUUGACAUUUUUAACGGUGGUUGAUUCUAGGUCUUUGCGUUCAAGUCCUAAUUCAUUUACAAGUUUCUCUUUUGUUUUGGGGUAUGGUAAUAUAUUCUAAUUACGUUGUAACAAAGAAGAAAUGAAAUUUAUUAGAGAUAAAAAAAUUAACUACACUACAUCAUGUCUAUGUUAUAUACAUGUAUGUUGCAGUUAAUUCCCUUGUAUAACAGGGAGGGUGGUAAGUUCAUGAAACAAUAGUAUUAAAAAUGAUAGAAAUAUAAUUUUUAUUAUUUCAAAAAGACACCUGUAAUAUUUAACCCUUUUUGAUUCAAGCUGUCUAGAACUCAUGCUCUUUCAAAGUAGUUUGUGUUUCAUUUGUCUAUGUAUUAUUAACUUAUCUCCAUUUAAAUAAUAGUUAAUGGCCUUUUCAACAACAAUAGCAUGGUGAAAACGUUUUCCUUACCUUCUGCAUGAAGCGGGAGAGUCAACGAUGUUGGGGUUGUUGAUGGGGUGGCCGAGGUGUCAGUGGUUUUGAUAUUCGUACUGGGAGGGGUAGUGGCUGAUGUGAUGGCAGAUGACAAUGUGGUGGAUGAUUUAACAACUGAUGCUGCAGUGGAUGAUGUGGUAUUUCUUGAUUUUGUGGCUGAUGAAAUGGUUUUUGUGGACGUCGUGGAGGUGGUAAUGUGUGUUGUAGUAGUUGUUUGGACCUUUGGUGACAUCAAGCAUGCUGCUGGUGGUUUGCUGGUUGGACUUGCAUCUAUAACAUAAUGAAAGAGAGAAGAUAUCAGAAGAUAGUAUUUUAAAAAUAUUUAUUACAUGUCAAAAUUUAUGGUCGGGUUGAAAUGAAUCAACUGUGGUUGAUUUUAGUUCUUUGUCUUCAAGUCUUAAUUCAUUUACAAGUGUAAAGAAAUGAAGAAGAAAUCAAAUCAAAUCAUCAUGUCUAUGUUAUAUACAUUAAUGUUGUAGUUGAUUCCCUUGUAGAACAGGGAAGGUGGUAAAUUUCAUCAUAGUUCAUGAAACAAUAAAAUUAAAAAAUGAUAGAAUAUAAUUUUUCUUGUUUCAAAAAGAGAUCUGUAGACUUAAAACAAAGGAUAGAGGGAAAUUGUGGUAUUGACAAGAGUGUUUGUGGAAAAUAAUUAUUUUCUGUCAUUGCCUCUUGUUCAUGUAAUAAUUACAAUUUUCAUUUACAGGUCUGUCGAUGGUGCAAGAAGUGAUCUGUAUUAUUGUGAACUUAAUAGCCAGGCACGUUUUGGUAGUUAUACUUCAUUUCCAUGUACCCUGAUAAAUACAUUGAAUUGAUUACCCUGAACUGUCUUGGAGAGGUCCUCUUCCGAAGUUCCACAAGGAAUGUUCCCUCUGAAUUCAACCUGCAAAAAAGAGCAAAACAGAAGGGAGGAAUGCUGUCCAGAUUAUGGCCACCCUGCCAACCCAAAGAGGGCAGUCUGUUUGUUCAACUUUGAACUGGACCAGAAGACUGAUUAAGCAUUAGUUGGUGAGUAGUGAGCUUCACUGUUAGUGUCAACUGGACAAAUUCAUGUUGAUUGUGAACUGUCCAACUCAGGCAGAUAGGGGUGGAAAUGCCCAUUGAAUUUGGAAUCUACGGUGCAUUAACGAGUACUUUACAGGCUCUUAAUUAUCUAAAAUUAUUUUGUUAUUUUUGAGAAGAGGGUGUUUAGAUUGUGUUUGUUUGGUAAAUAGACAUAAGACUCUGUAUGCAAUGAUAGUUCAUAACUGAGUCAGUUUAUAUAGAAUAAUAUAUAAUUUAUUGAGAAGUAUCUAGCUUCUUGUUGAUUUUUUUUGGUUUGUUUAUUUCUCUGUUACAUAUCAUAACUAUUAAAUUUAUAUCAUUUUAUUUUUCUAUCAAAUAAACUUUUACUAGUAUAUAAUACUAAUUUCUUCCUUUUAAUUAUGACUGUUAUACAUGUACUUUUAUUUUUAGCCUUGUUUAUGAAGUACACAUUCAAAUUAAAGAGGUUUAAGGUAUACAUUAAGCUAGUUCCUUUAGUGUCUAAAGUUAUCAUUCAGUGUUGAGGAUACCCUUUAUCUGUAACCUGACUGCAGUUAACCCAUUCACCCUGUCAGCUGACAUAUCAACCUCAUCCCCAACCUGGACCAAUAACCUUUAGCCUCCUCUCCUAGCUACAUGUUGUUUCAAUCUCGACCAUGUGAAAAAUUCUAUUACUUAAUAUUAAGUCUUCUAUAUUUACAUCUGGAGGAUCAUUGUUCUUCUUUCUUUGAUGGUGCCUUCUUGUUACCUCUUGUUAGUUGGUAGUUUGUAUCCCUACCAUGCUCUUUGGCUCUGAGAGAAGUCAUUGUGUAUCGACCAUGCCUUAACCAUUGAACAUUCCUUUGCAACUUUCCAGGUGUAUUCCAUCGUUUCUCAUUAUUUUCGUCUUGACUGUGUUCAUCUUUGGUUGUACUCUUGUCGCUUGUUUGCAAUUCCCAGUGGUUAUGACUUUGCGUGACUUUUUUUUUUUUAAGUAGCACAGUGUUAUCUACUGUAAUAAUUUAUUCAGUGUGUUUUCAUAAAUUGCAUUUUUAUAUCAAGUUCACAAUUAUUUAGUGGUUAUUUAAUGUUGAUUUAUUGUUAACUUGUGUUUUGGAUUUGGUAUUUGAUAACUUCCUACAUCAACUACUCAUUUUAGAAUUAUUACAUCGAUGUACGGUAUUUGCUUGAGGGCAUUCAGUUAACUUAAUAUUAAGAGUAUGCUUAUGCAUUAUUAUCGCUCCCUGCCGGCAUUAUUUACGAAUGUUUAACCCAUUUACCUAAUUAUUAUACCUUUUUGGUAAGAUAUCCUUUCCCUUAUAAAGAUGUAUUAUACAUAAAUAUUUUUUAUGACAAGUAAUAAUAGCUUGGAAAGUCAUCUAGUCAAAGGUCAUACUGGGUAGUCAGUGUUGUUGUAAAUGCAGUCUUUGAUUAAUUUUGUGUUACAUGUUAUGUUAUGUUCCCAAGAGCCUGGUGGCAAAGAUCCUCGCUCACGUAGAGCAUGGACACAGAGGACCUGGCUCCAUUAAGAACCCAGUCUGCGAGGGUUAUGUUCCCAAGAACCUGGUGGCAAAGAUCCUCGCUCACGUAGAGCAUGGACACAGAGGACCUGGCUCGAUUAAGAACCCAGUCUGCGAGAGUUAUGUUCCCAAGAACCUUGUGGCAAAGAUCCUCGCUCACGUAGAGCAUGGACACAGAGGACCUGGCUCCAUUAAGAACCCAGUCUGCGAGGGUUAUGUUCCCAAGAACCUGGUGGCAAAGAUCCUCGCUCACGUAGAGCAUGGACACAGAGGACCUGGCUCGAUUAAGAACCCAGUCUGCGAGGGUUAUGUUCCCAAGAACCUGGUGGCAAAGAUCCUCGCUCACGUAGAGCAUGGACACAGAGGACCUGGCUCGAUUAAGAACUCUAAGGUUAGAUGUCCAGAAAUUCACGGGGUUAAUAGGUGUAGGUUUCUGAUUAAAAUAGGAAUAAAUAGAAAUAAACGUUGCAACUAAAAAUAAAUAGUUUCUUUUUCAUUUUCAAUUUACAAAGUGCUGACAUUUUAGUGUCAUCUCAAACAUCAGUUUCCUUGGGUUAGAUAUAGUAACCUUCUGCUGUUUCCCUUAGUAAGCUUCUUUUACAUAUCUGAUUCUAGAUAGCUUAUUAGAUAUUAUUGUUAUGGUACGUUUGCAUGUGCCAACAUCUGUUUGCAUUCCCCCCUUACCUCAAAUGACCCAAGCAGUCUAACCAUGUCUGCUUCAUCCUGUGUGAUAAAGAAGAAAUCUUCUUUCAGCAAAGGUUUUUACUAUCAAAACUCAAGCAACUUUAUCCAGAUAAGAUAAAUGAUAAUGUACCAUACUUACACGUUCCACAAAACUCAAAACUUCAUGGCCCUUUAGUCGCUCCUUGUGACUUAUACAUGUAGGUCUGGACUCUUUAUGUAACGUAAAAAAGAGAGGCAUCUCAUCAGCCCCCCCUGCCCAGUCAUAUACUUCCUGUAAAAUAAAACAAAAACCGCAGUGACUUAAAGAAAUAUUCAUUUAGGCUUUGGAGGUAGUUCACUGCUAUUUCAAUAACAUGACCACACUCAUCAGGCAAUGUUUUAAUAGUUAUUGAUCCUCUUAAGUUGUGCACCCUUAGAAAUUGUUCUUGGCAAUUUACCCAAUCAUGUUAUAGUUUAGGAUAAUAGAUAAAUAAGGAUAUUUGUGCCGAUGUUACCUUCUUAUCAUGAAUUAAUAUUAUCUAUAAUAUCAUUUCCUUUAUUUAUUACUUUCUUAUCUGUCUUUCUUUGCCAAUGCUACUUUAUUUAGCUUUGGCUAAAUACAAGUGAAGUUAUUAGGGAAAUGCAUGGCCCUUUCAGUAUCCUGUUACUGAUAUGAUGCUUCGGGUGCUCUCAAUGACUAAUAAUUUAUUAAAACGCUACAUCAAUUUCAAAACCUAAAGAAAAUACUGUCUUUUACUCGAGAUGUUGCCUAUUGAAAAGUAUAACAAUAUUGUGAAAAUGAAAUGAUCAGCAUGUUGAGAGUGUGUGGCAAAGAAAAAUUUGAGUCCCUUUUAGGAUUCGAACCUAUGAUCUCCCAAACACAGGGCAGGCGCUCUACCCACUUGAUCUACAGAAAACUCUUUUUACAAUAUUAUUGCUUCUUUGGUACCUGAUAGAAGGCAGUUUCACUAAAUUUGCGGGACAUUAAUGGGCGGCCCUGAACCAAGUCGCACACUAUCACUUUGUAGCCUUCUUUGGGCGGGCGAGUUAUCCUCUGGCGUCUCAUCUGCCUUACCUUGUUAAGAAAAAAUAAACAAAGCAAAACAACAUUCAGCCUAUUUUAUUUUGCUUUAAAAUCAAAACGGUUUUGUAUGGACUUAAAAGUUAAAUUAUCAACAGUUAUCCCGAUGUGAAAUCAACAAUGUAUCAGUGAGCAGUACAAUUAAUUUGGAAGUGAGUACAUGUCUACUGAUGUACUGUUAAACCUCCCUCACCUGUUGGGCUUGAAUAGAGCUGGAAAUUGCCCGUUUUUUUCCUGCAAUGAAAAAGGUCACAUUCAGCCAAAUAUCAGAUAUAGUAACUGUUUUUGGCUUUAAGUUUAUUGAUGAGCUUAAAAGACAGCAGAGUGACUAAGGGCUUUCCUUCAACAAUGUACACAAUUGUUAAGGGUGCUUCUGGACCAGCUUGCUUGCCAAAUUUUUUUUUUCUUGAGAAUAUCAGUGUUUGGCAUAACCUGGUCUUUUUUGUUAGGAAAUGGAAUUAGGCAAUCUAGAGAAUGUUCCAGAUUAUGUCAAAGGUCAUGUUUGGAGAUUUCUAACUUCAGGAUUGUUAUGUGAUAUUUAAUUACUUGGUUUAUUGACAGUGCUAAGAUCAGGGGUAACUGAUAAAGGUGUAGUCUUAAAUUUAAAAAAAAUUAAUAAACAACUGAACCUUCAAAAUCAGCUAUUUCAUGCCACUAAGGAUUGCUUUUCCAUAACUUACAGCUAAAUCUCAAAAUUGACUUUACCUGUUUUUUUUUUUUUUUUUUUUUUUUUUCAUAGCCUCCUUCAAUUUAAUGUGUAACUUUUGCAUCAUAUUAGGUAUGUUACCUCUGUUGUUGGUGAACAGCUGCCCUUUCUAGAACUUUUUUCAAAACGGAGCCCACUUCAUCAAUGUCUGCAUCUAAAUAGGGUAAGGGUACAGAAAAGAAAAUGAUUGCUUUCAUUUAAUUCUACCUUCUCCUUCUUUGCUUGCAAUAAUUGUCUUAUAAAACUUGAACCUUCCAGUUGAUAUAAUCAUAGUUUGAUCCUUGUUCAGGUUAGCUGUUUGUGGUACUCAUGAGAUCUAAUCCUUCAGCUGUAUCUCUGUAUGUAAAAGCUAUUGAAAAAUCCUUGCUUUCCAGUUUGAGGCUCCAUGUAUUGGGGUUUUGAGUUAAUUCAAGAAUUAAAGGACAUAUGGCAAUCUUUUCUCACCAUAACUGUAACAUUACUCAUUAAUAAGCCUUGAGCACGUGCUGUUGUAUUACAGGCAUAUCGUUCUAACACACACACACGAUCGUGACAGCUUUGAUCCCGUUUGAAAGUGGUUUAAAAAUUUAUUGUUAUUGACAUUGACCACGACGAUUCUUGCUCCUCUAAAAUUACCUGAAAUCUGUCCCAACAACGAAGGACUUCUACCCACUGACGGGACCAGGAAAAGUAUCCUUUCUGUGCGUGGGUCACCACCAUAAAUGUCCAUAACUAACAAGGAUAAAUAAUUUACAAGUAAACGUCUUGUCAAUAAUUUCUGAUUAAGUCAUUAAUCCAGUUGCCUGUUAUUUAAACAAAGAGAUGUUUGUGAUUCGAUAAGUGUUACCUUAUAGUUUCACAUGGCCUAAUGACUCCCUAGCAAAAAUCUAUUAAUAUUAUAGUCUACUACACCUGUACACAGGUGUGUGCACUGUUCUUUCAAAAGAGGUUUUAUAUAUACAGUAAGUGGCAUUGUGCUGUGGACAAAUCAUUUUCAUGAUGUUAAACCUUCACCUUUCAACCCGUCAGUGGAGCUUGUUUCUCCGAUCCAAAACAACCAAUUUUCACUGUGUUUAUUUUUCAUCUCAUGAAGCACCCUGCAGUAAGAAACUUCAAAAGUCAGUAUUGGUAUAAUUAUGAUUAUGAAGGGGCUCUCGUGAAAUGGUUUAAACCAGAGCAUCAUGGCAUACUCAUUUUGGAUGAUUUAAUGGAAGAAUCGGGGAGUGAUAAACGUGUCUUGGAUUUAUUUACGAAAGAUUCCCACCAUCGAGGUAUUACGGCGCUUUAUAUCACACAAGAUCUCUUUCCCCCGGGCAAGUUUGCGAAAACUAUUAACCGCAAUGCACACUAUGUGAUUUGUUUUAAAUCACCUAGGGAUAAGACAGGUAUUUGA